CGUCUUAUCACUCUAACUUCACUAUCGACCAAAGUAGACUGAUAAAAACUUCCCGUAGAAUAAUGGCGACUUGGGCCAGGUUAGGAGCUAGUUUGCGGCAUACGGCAAAACGUUUCUGGCCUCUUCGAAACAUAGGGUAUGGAGCUGUCGGAGCUGGUCUUCUGGGCUCUGUUGUGGCGGGCGGAUUUAUUCACAUUAAAAAUGAACCGAGAUGGGGACUGUGGCCACACACCGUGUACGCGGAGGACGCGAAGAAAGAGGAGAUCACAGCACCACUAGUGUCCAUGAGACGCCUGCGGUUUAACCAGUUUGCCUCCAUGAUCUACGAAGAGGAGCCUUACAUGACACCCAGAGACUUCCUCCAUUCAGUCCUGAUGGAGAAGGUGGAUCGCAAGCUGCAGAAAAAGAUGCUGACUAAAGCAGAUGUGGACGAUAUGAUAAGGGUUGCUUCGAGGGCUGAGGCAGGAAAUAACAUGUUCAGAGGAAUCGGAGACAAAGGGCUGAUCUCUUACACAGAGUACCUGUUUCUGCUCACUAUUCUUACAAAACCUCAAACAGGAUUUCAUAUUGCUUUCAAAAUGCUUGAUAUUGAUGGCAAUGAGCAUGUGGACAAGAAGGAGUUUCAGAAGCUGAAGAAAAUUAUUAGACGAAGGAAAGAGCUUCUAAGGCAGAAUGGGACAGAGCUUUCAGACAGUGUUUAUGAGGUCAACACUACACUACAGGUGUUCUUUUUUGGGAAAAAUGGCAAGAAUAAGCUGCAAUACAAAGAUUUCUGCAGGUUUAUGGAAGAUCUGCAGGCUGAAGUGCAAGAAGUCGAGUUCCUGCGGUUUUCUAACGGGAUGAAGACCAUGAGGCGGGAGGACUUUGCUGAAUGGCUGCUUCAUUACACCAGUGAAGAGAACAAUGAGGCAUACUGGGAAAACAUGAGGAAGAGAAUCCCCACCGGACAGAGCAUUACCUUUGAUGAAUUUAAAGAAUUCUGUCUCUUUACCAACAAUCUGGAGGACUUUGCCUUCUCAGUCAAAAUGAUUAAUGAUGCCAACAGGCCAAUAGGAAUGGCUGAGUUUAAGCGGGCAGUGAAGAUAGCGACAGGUCGCAACCUUUCAGAUAGUGUUCUGGACACAGUUUUUAAAAUCUUUGACCUGGACGGGGACAACUGUCUGAGCCAUAAGGAGUUCCUUGCUGUGAUGAAAGACAGAGUGCUUCGUGGACUCCGGGUUCAGCCGCAAUAUGGUGUUUCUGGUUAUUGGAAAUGUGUGAAAAGAGAGGCCCUGCAAGGAGCUCAAGAAGCUCUCCGUGAAACCGGCAGCCCUGUCUGACACAGGAUGAGGUCUGCGUUUAGGCCUGUGGCUGGUCAGAUGUGGUGAUACUCGCAGUUGCGUAUAUAUCUGGUGAGGAGAAUGGUACAUAAUUAAUUACAAGCACCAGCAGCAUUAAAAUGUUUACAAGGUCCAAAGAAAAUAUUUCUUUUGAAGCUGUAUGGCUGUUGGCCCAAAACAUAAACAAGAAACAAGAUUAAUACAAAAAUUAAUUUCAUGGUUAUAUAUAAAAUAUAUAUAUAAAAACAUAAUUUUGGGUGUGGUGGUGUUUAUAUAUAAUCUGUGAUGUUUACCUUUACUGUCAUGUACAUUUGUAACACAUUACCCUGUGGAUAAUCUGCAUGUAAGGCAGAUUUGAUUAAUUAUGUGUUAUUACUUGUGAAAAAGUUGCUUUUGGGACUGUUGUUUGACUAAACAAUUGAGCGGCUUUAGUAAGCUCAUUGUACUUUUCUUUUCAAUUUUGUGGUUCAAUUUGAGUUUUACUUAUGAAAGUCAAAUUGUGUUUGUGAAAUACAGGUUUAAUCUGUGAAAUUGUUUUGUGUUGCAUACAUUUAUUUUUAUUUUCUGGGGCACUUUUCUAUAUAAAAAUAUUACAUUUGAUGUGUUAGCGUUGCAUUAACUUUCCACGAAUAAAAGAAACCGAAAACGUGA